GAGAUAUCCUCAGGUGAGGAUUAAACAAACAAAAAUAUGUUUUAAAUAAAUAGAGCUAGGCUUGGGAAUUCCUGGGGGAAGUGGAGGCAGAGGUCAGGGAGAGCAGGGGUAGCGAGGGCCGAGGCUGGGCGUCUCAUGACCUAGGUCACCGGGGUGUGGCGUGUGAACUUGGGGAGGGGGGAGAAGAGACCCUGCAAGGCAGCGAGCAGUCAGGGGUUGGGAAGACAGUGAAAGGGACUGGGACGGGAGGCACUGCCAUCCACCACCAAGCCGCCCACCUGUGGGAGAGAGUGCCUGGCCCGGCCGCACUCCCCAACAGAGCAGCCACGAGACUCCCCCUGAGGCCGGCCGGCCGGUGGCAGAGGGCGGUGGUAGGGGUGGUGGCAGAGGGUGGUGGGGCUUUCAGAACCCUGGCCCCCAUCACAAUGGGCAGAGGUUCCGGGGACAAUUUGAACUAUUGUGCUGCUGAGCAGGCCGGCUCAGGGGGGCGGAGGCGGGGCUGGCGGGCGAGAUGAAGAUGUGGAGCGAGGGGGACGUGGACGAGCAGAUCCAGGAGCUGAAGACCAUCACGCAGCUCCAGGAGCAAUGCCGGGCGCUGCAGAUCCAGGCCAUGAAGGAGAAGACGGUCAAGAACAAGGCCACGGUGGCGCUCCUGCGCAGCAACAUCCGCCGGGGGACCCAAGAGUGGGCGCUGGCCAACAAUUACGACAAGCAGUCCAUCUCCAGGGCCUGCGGGAACGACGUGCCCAUGAGGCUGGCGCACUGCCGCAGCUCCAUGGAGGUGGCGCGGGAGAAGCUGCGCAAGUACGUCUUCGACCGCGUGAACGUGCACAACGUCCUGAUCCACCUGGUGCGGCGGCGCGGGCAGCAGCUGGAGGGCCUGCAGCUGCAGCUGGAGGGCCUGCAGCACCAGCCGCUGGCCUCCAAGGAGGAGCUGCGCCUGCUGCAGGUCAUCCGCCAGCUGGAGAACAACAUCGAAAAGACCACCAUCAAGAUCACCACGAGCCAGAACAUCCAGCUGCUGUACCAGGACCUGCUGGAUUACCUGAAGAAAGAGCUGUCAGGAUACCCCACCGAGCUGGACAAGCUGCAGAACCUCGUGGUCGACUACUGCUCGGAGCUGUCGGACAUGACGGUCAUGUCCCAGGACGCCAUGAUGAUUACGGAUGAGGUCAAGAUGAACUUGAGGCAGAAGGAGGCGACCUUCAUCGAGGAGCGCCGGGCCCGGGAGAACAGGCUGAACCAGCAGAAGAAGCUGAUCGACAAGAUCCACACCAAGGAGACCAGCGAGAAGUACCGCCGGGGCCGGAGGGACUUGGACUUCCCCACCAGGUUGGUGGGCUCGGAGAGCAAAGUGAGGAAAAGAGAGACCUCUCAGUCCGACAUGGAAUACCAGACGAAUCUGACCGCGUUGGUGGAGAAAAUCAAGUCUGCUGUGCGGUGCUCCCACCUCUGGGACAUCACAGGCCAGUUCCUGGCUCAGAGGAACACGGAGGACAACCUGCAGCUGCAGAUGAAGGAGUGUGAGGAGAGGCGCAGUCAGCUGCGGGCCUUGAUGAGGAAGCUGGAGAUGGAGGAGGCGCUGCUCAAGUUCCACCAGUCCACCAGCUCCGGCAGCUUUGAGUCCGCCCAGAACAAAAUGAAGGACCUGCUGAAGGAGGAGGAGUUCAGGCUGCAGCUGGCCCACAGCAACAUGACCAAGAGCCAGAAGCUGCUGCUCACCCUCCAGAUGGGCAUCGACAACCUGUAUCUCCGGCUGGUGGGCAUCGCCCUGCCGCCCGCCCAGAAGAUGGCCACGCCUGACACCCUGGAUGGCCUGGACUUGCACAGCAAGCUGGCGUACUGCGAGAAUACGCUCCUGUACCUGGUGGACAAGCUGCAGAUCCUGUCCGCCACGGAGGAGGUAACGCUGGGCGGGGACACCGGCCUACGCGAGCCGUGUCCCCUCGGAGCUGACCGUCCCCUGUGCCCUGCAGAGCAACAUAAAGGUGAGGGACAUGCUGGAAUCCUCGACUCUGAAGGAGAAGCAGAACACCAGGAUCACCUUCGAGGAGCUGGAGGAGGACAUGAUAGAAUCCUUCCACUUCGCCGACGUGGACCACAGCUACGUCCCUUCGCGCGCCGAGAUCAAGAAGCAGUCCCAGCGCGUGAUCGAGGAGAAGUUCAAGACGGCCAAGAAGAAGAAGAAGUGACCGGAGGGGCCCGCGCCCGCGGCCGGCGCUGUUACACUAAUAAACAUUUUCCAGAACUGCUGGGGGCUCCCGGGGGGGACCCGAGGCUCAGAACGCGAACCUGGGCAGGCGCCUCGCGUUGGGAAGAUACGGGGGCGGGGUGUCCGCGGUGGGGGCGGGCCCCGGAGCCCCGGGUGAGGGUGAGGGCGAGGAAGGGAUCCGAGCGCGGAUGCGGCCAGAGCGGGACUGAACGGAAACCCCCAGCACCGCCAGCGCCCGCGCACCGCCGCGCCCGCGCACCGCCGCGCCCGCGCACCGCCGCGCCCGCGCACCGCCGCGCCCGCGCACCGCCGCGCCCGCGCACCGCCGCGCCCGCGCACCGUCGCGUUCCAUGGCCCUCGCGGCGCCCCGUAGCCGCGCGUGCGCCGCUUCGUGCGCAUGCGCCCCGCCGCACCCCCGGGGCCCUCGCGGCGACCCGUAGCCGCGGGCCCCUCAGAGCCGGUGGCGAGAUGGCGGUGCGGACGGGAGGCGGGCGGCCGCGCCCGGGGCCGAGGGGCCCGGAGCAGCGUCGCCGCGGCUGA